GCAGUGGAAAGGCAAGGCAGCAUACUGCUAAGUUGUCUUCUGUCUUUUAUUAAUAGUAAGAAAGACUGAGGCAGCUUCUAUGGGAAUUUGGGCAUCAAGACUGUGAACCCAAAGCUUCUGUGGAGGCCCUUCAUAGGUCUCGAUACACAGAUUGAAUCCAUCAAUUUGAUUGCUUUGUUUUCGGAUUUGUUUGAUCCAAGUCUCAGCUGAUAAACCUCAUCCAUCUUGAAAAAGGGCCUAGAAUUGUCAAGCUUCAUAAAAAUAGCAUCUUGGUCACAUCUUAGGGUUCUUCCACAUUGUCCACAAGUUGUUUUUUCAGUGUAGGAACUGUUGCCCCUCUGUAAGUUGUAGGAGCUGCUGCUGCUGCCUGUUUUACAAUGUAUUGGAUGAAGCCCAGAUUGAGAAUGCUGCAGAAUUCAGAGCUGUGUGGCAUUGUUGUUUGUCAAGUUUCAGCAUUUUGGGUUCUAUGUGUUUCUGCUACACAGAUGAGAAUUCUCAAGUGGGUGUCUCUUUGAUCAGGUUUCAGCAAUUGGGUUCUCAUUGAUUUCAUUCUCGAAGUGAUGCGGGUUUCCAAGAUCCAAUCUUGCUUUUGGAAAUUCCAAUAGCAUCUGUGUUGUAUAAUUGGAAUCUGAUAUGUGCAUCUGAUAUUUGAAUCUUUGCUGUCUCUGUCUCAUCAAGUAAAGAAUUCAUAUUCAUACCGUUGGAUCUCAAAAAUGCCUGAAGCAUUCCCUUCUUGUUUUGGAGAUUACGGAGGCGCCCACGUGACAGAGAAGUCAUCAUCAUCAUCAUCAUCAUCAUCUUCCUCCAGUAGCAGAAUGACACAGAACCUGAUCACUUGUUUGUAUCAGACGAAAUUAGCAGGAAUCUGCAGAUUUGUGACGAUAACAUGGUGUAAGAAUCUCAUGGGCCAAGGGCUUAGUGUUCAUGUGAAUGAUCCAAGCUGCCAUUAUAUGUGCAAGGUGGAUAUGAAGCCAUGGUUUUUCUGGAAGAAGCAAGGAUCCAAGAGCUUUGAUGUCAAAGGCCAGAAACUGGAGGUCUUUUGGGAUCUAACCAAUGCCAAAUAUGUCUGUGGGCCUGAGCCCCAGGAGUGUUUCUAUGUGGCCCUUAUGUGUGAAAAAGAGAUAAUCCUGUUGCUGGGGGAUAUGCAGGAGGAAGCCUACAAGAAAACCCAUGCAAGGUUCCCAUUCAAUGAACCCACAUUGUUGUCUAGACGAGAGCAUGUGUUUGGGAAAAAAUACUACACAACAAAGGCACAAUUUGGUGAAAGUGGUAGGACUCAUGACAUUGUGAUUGAAUGCCAUACAGGAGGAUCCAAGGAGCCAAGAUUGUAUGUGAGGGUUGACAAGCAAGUUGUGUUGCAGGUCAAGCAUCUGAUUUGGAAGUUCAGAGGCAAUCAGACAAUUGAGGUCGAUGGAACCCAAAUACAAGUCUUCUGGGAUGUGCACAAUUGGCUCUUCAAUCCAAGCGUUGGCCAUGCAGUUUUCAUGUUCCAGACCUCAAGCUGCACAUCAAAUGGCAGCAGGGGAUCUGAUAAUGCUAGGAAAUCUAAAAAUGCUGCUCCUUUUCCUGAUCAGCCUUCCCCACCAUCUGUUCUGCAGUGGCCUCCUCCUUCUGCUUUCAGUCUUAAAGGCCCUGAGAAAACCUUCUUCAAGAGCAGUUCAUCCUCUUCCUCCUCUUCAAACUCUAGCUCUUCAGUACUGCAAUGGGCCAGCAUGGAGACUGAAGUAGGCAGCCCAUCUGGCUUCUCUUUGUUGUUGUAUGCUUGGAAGAGUGAGUGAGGAUUCAAUCUACCCAUCAGGAUACUAUACUAGUAGUGGCAAUAUUGGUAUUAGUAUUUAGUCUUUUCGUUUUGGGCUUUACCUGCUGAGUUUUGUAAAUAUAGUGCACAGAAUGGCACUGCCUAGGUUUGCAUUCUAUAUUUCUUUCAAUCCUAACAAAUAUAUGAUUGAUUCAUUUGACCCUCAUCACAGAGAGUUUCUGAUUACAUCAAUAAGUUCAAAGUCCAGUUUUCUUUCAGGACAAGUACUGGUACUAUUUAGGCCACUACAGUCUCCCAAUAAAUGAUUUUGAUCAGACAAGCAAAUUUCCCAAAUGGAAAAUAUCCUCUACCUAGCCGAGUUGGAUCCAUUACAUCAAAUCCACUUUGCUUUGCAGUUUAAAACAAUUACCAAACAGAGAGAUAUAUGGGCUUUAAGGAUUUAGCCUCUAUGCUGGUGAGGAUCGGAUUCUUUGUAAUACAUUGCAAAGAGGAAGAGUCUGAAAUCUAUUCUCAGUGUGCAUUUUUUUUGGUUUAAUGAUCUGAAAUCUCAAAUUCUUGAGCA